ACUGAAAGUUGGAGUCACGUCGUGUACCGUUUGAUCCGAGACAACGACUCUCUCUCUCUAUUAUAACUAUUUGUUUUUCCUGAGAAUCCAUACCCGCGCAAAUUUAACGGAUUCGUUUUUUAAAUCUUAUCUAACCCCAUCGGAUUGCUAGGAGAUAAGAAAGUCAUGGAUCAGAUUUUCAAAGCCCAUAACUUUGUUCAGCCCAUAUUUCAAACCCGAUAGAAAAAUCUAGUCCGUUUUUCAUCACUCAUAAUAUUAUGAGGUUUUAAACAGCUUGAUUUUAUAAUUAAUUUUAAAAAAUUAAAUCAGUGAAUAUUUCUUCGUUAGAAUUAUAUUUUUCUAUAAUAUAUGCUUAUGUAAUCAGUUAUUAAAACUUCAGAAAUAUGUAAUGUGGAAGGGAAGAUUCUGUAAUGCAUAAUUUAUCAUUUAGUUUCAUCUCAUUUCAUACAUAAAUAUUUUUAGUCACCCUUGUAAUAAAGAAAAGUAAGAGAUUCCGUACAUUUGAUCGCCAUAUACAGUAACCGACAUUGAAAUAUGUACACGUAUUGUAUUUGCCUAUUUGGUUUAGAUCCAACUCAUGCAUUUUGUAUUCCCAUAUGUAUUUCAAUCAAUUUUAAUUUUUGUACCCAUCAAAACAAAACAAAAAAACAACUUUAACAAUGAGUUAACUUACAGGUGACGCCAAUCAACUUAUGAUAUAGCUUGCUCAUCCACUAAAACAAUAUAACAUCAAUUCCAAAAUCGUCACGCAAAUAUCAUGAAAACGUUGUUUGGUAGUCCAUUUUGGGAAAAAGGGUAAAACAGUAAUUGAUGUAUGAUACGAAAGUGGGAAAAGGAGAUUCCUUGUUCCCCAAGCCUUGUUGCUUUUCAACGUCACACUCUAUAACUGUAUUCACCUUAAAACCGCCAUUACACUUUCCUCUUUCCCAAGAAAAAAAACAAACCAUCUCUCUCCCUCUCUCUCUGCGAUUGAUGAUGAUGGCGGCGCAAGUGGAGAUCGUGGACAACGGCGAGAUCAUCGAUACACUCUCCCACCACGCCUCCGGAGACUACUCAUCAACGAUUCUUCUCCGCGAGGAAAACCACGAAUACGACGUCGUCAAGAACUGUUUCCUCUCCGGAAUGAGUCUCCACGCCGCCGAAACCACCGUCGUCUCCGUGCGUAAAACCUCCGCGCAGAGAAUCACAGCCAAGGCGAAGCUCGCCGCGUCCAACGUCUUCGCGGAGGCUAUGAAGAGGAAGAACGGCGGAGACGCUAACGUGAGGUACGGUUGGUACUCCGGCUCCAAGGAAGAGAUCGAACGCAUCGUUUCGUACGGGUUUAGCAGCAGCGAGGUCGAGAAGUUCGAGAAGGACGAUCGCUCUCACGGCGUUGGAGUCCAUUUUCUUCAUCAUACAUGCUCUAAGGCUGCGGCUGUACUUGGUGAAGCUGACGAGGAAGGGAUAGAACAUCUUCUCUUGUGCCGUUUGAUCCUCGGCAAACCUGAGAGAAUCAUCGCUGGAUCUAAGCAAACGUACCCAAGCUCGAGUGAGUAUGAUUGUGGUGUGGAUGAUCUCGAGAAUCCUAGGAAGUAUGUGAUAUGGAGCUGUAACAUGAACUCUUACAUCCUUCCGAGUCAUGUCGUGAGCUUCAAGUCUCCUACGCUAAGAGGUCUUAUUAGAGGUGGUGGUGGUGGUUUGGGGAGAGCGAGGUCACCAUGUGUUAGCUUCCCAAUACUCAUGUCUAUACUUUCAAAGUCACUGGACCGUCCAAGAAUGAACGUGAUCUUGACAACUUAUGUUGAUUUUCGGAAAGGGAAGGUGAGGAGAGAGCAGCUGAUUAGGAAGAUGAGGGAAGUGGUUGGGGACGAACUUCUUUUGGAUAUAAUCAAGAACCAUAGAAAUUCAGACUAGUAUUUUGAUCAGAGGUACUGACGUCAAAGAUAUGCCAGAUUAUGCCAAAGUUAAAGCAAAGCAGGAGUUGAUGAUGAUGGUGCAUAAUAAUGGAGUAGGUUGAAACAGAAUGCAGGUUUUAGACAAUAGUAUAUAUAUAGAAUAUAUGAUAUGUUAGUUAGUGUGUGUUUAUCGGUUUAACCAAUCGGAUCUUACGUACAAAAACACUUUAAAUAGACUUUGUUAAAUAGUCCAA